AUGCCUUCUUCUUCUACGAGUAUAGCACUCUUCCAAGUGCUCUUCACACCAUACGGCGAAAAUGUAUUGCUAGUAUCGCAACAGGCUGGUCGAUGCGGCUUGCAUGGCCGCACAAGUGUCUCGUCAGUGAGCAAUGAGGCGCGACCGAGAUUCCGCCGGGUCAUGCCUCGAAGUGGCAGCAGUUUGCAGAAGUUGGGGCAGAGCACGCGUCUGUUCGCGGCUGCCCCAACUCCCAUGGCGGCGAAUUUUGGCGCUAUUUCUUUCAGACCCGUACCUCGUCCCAUCGAGCCGCAACGACCCGACGCCCAACCUUCUGCCGUUGGCUACCUACGCCCUUCUCAUUUGCCUCGAACGCCGGAUCGCAUCAUUAUGAUGAAUACCAAAUACAUAGAGUCAAGCACGCGUUCGAGGCAAAAGAAAAAAGGCAUGGCAGACAACAGCGCAAGGCUCGGCGGCGGACUCGUGGCGCUGCAGAUUGACCAGGUCGCGCGAAAGUCGGAGCCGACUCGGGUGGUUCACGCGGCUGCCAAAGUGCUCGCGCCUUCAUCUCUAAUCCUGCUUGCUGCCUACCAUUGCCGACUUCUUGCACCGCACAGCAACAUGGCCGGAAACGCAGGAGCCUCUUCGUCGCGCUGGUACAGGCCCAUGCCUGGCUUCGCGCCGCACCCACCCGCGUUCAAGCACCGCUGGGGCGCCAAGCUCCUCGGCGCAACAAUGUGGUUCUGGAUCUUCUACCGCGCCAAACAGGACGGCCCUGUCCUCCUCGGCUUGAAACACCCCUGGGAUGGCCACGACCACCACCACGGCGACCACGACGACAGCCACCACUAA